AUGGCUUCUUACUUGGUGCACAGAGACUUGAAUAUCUCCUUCUACCCAACCCACUGCCAGCUGCUGUCAUCCACCACAUGCUUCAGGGAGCUCACCAACUCCUCCGGGAACGUCUACAUGCCCCCUCACCCUCAGCGCUGUACCCAACUGGGAAAUGUAGCACAAGGGCGGCAGGGAAAAGUUACUACAGACCACGGCUUUGGCCUACGAUCACUGGAGCCUCCUGGGACUACUCCUGUUUCAGAAAAUCUGUUCAGGAAGAUGUCUACUUACAAAUUUGGAAGUGACCCUAAAAGUAAUACCCUGGGAUCUACGAACAGGCAGAAUGUGAUACAGGAGACAAACAAGAAAAGAACCUUACUAAAGGAUAGUAGCUGGAUAAAAUCAAAGCCGGAAGAGGAAGAGGAAAAAAUUAAAGAAGAAAACUUUGGGAGAAGUGUACUGAACAAAUACAAAUCCACGGAACACCUAGACAGGGACAAUGAUAAAGAAGAGAAGACACCCAUACACAACAGGUUCAAGUCAGAUGAUGCUUUGGACAGAAUUUCAUUGAGAAAUACGUCUGAAAGAGGAAAUAAAUCUGCAACACUGGAAAGAAUGCCCAUGAGUGAGCCAGACCCCAUCAACAAAAGCAGGCAAUCUUGGGCUCCCAGUAACAAGACAACAACAACAACAACCACUGAAGAAUCCAAAAGGAAGUCCUGGGCUCCAACAAACAGGAACACAACCACCACAACUACCACAACCAGCACAGAAACCAAACAGGUUGUGCCCACCAAGACAGAUGCACAAAAAAUCACUAUCUACUCAUCAGACACCAGAACUACAGAUAAGCCUACAAAAACCAAUUUUAUCGACAGUGUCAGAUCAAGAUUUGAAAAAGCGGAAGAAAAGCCUAGUCCACCUACUUCUCCACCAGCCAGAAAUGACAUCAGACCUGCAUACCCUGCUAAGCCUGUUCCAAUUGACAGUGGAGAAAGAAGAACUGCAGUUGAGCGAAAGCAAAGAAGUCAAGAUCUGGAUAACCUCAUUGGGGUAUCAAGCUCUAACGUUGUAAACAAAAAGGGGUAA